AUCAAAAAUUAUUGUAAUUGCUGAAGAGCUCCCUGCAAGGUGGGCUUGGUGUGUUUUGAGCCUGGCUCCAACGGCGAGGUCUCCCUGAGGCGCUUCUCGGCCGGGCCCCCUUGCUCUCGCGCGCCCCCUGCAGGCCGCCCGCCAGCCCGCCCGGCUCUUUCCCCCGCUCUCUCUCUCUCUCUCUCUCUCGCUCUCUCUCCCGCUCGGCGCCGCUUCGCCAGAGAAGGCCCAUACAUGUUCCUGCCACCCGGCGCGGUGGUCUUAUGGUCCCUCUGCUCCGGACUGCCGCUGCUGCCCAGCCCCAUGUUGCGCCCCCAGGGCCUCCUCAAGUGCCGCUGCCGCAUGCUCUUCAAUGACCUGAAGGUCUUCCUCCUGCGGAGACCCCCCGCGCCCCCGCCCCUCCCGCCCAUGAACAGUGGCGACCCGGCCUCGGGCUGCUGCCAGGCGUCCAACAACAACACGCUCCUGCUCCAUGGAGGGCGGCGGGGGCCCUGGAGGGCGCCGGGGGGCGCAGGGGGAGGCGGAGGGGCAGGAGGAGGGGCGGCGGGGGCCGGCAGCCCCCCCGAAGAGGAGUGGGGGGCCCCCGCGGGAGAGGGAGAGCCUCCCGUCUCCAUGAUGAGCAGCGCCUCCUCCGAGGACUUCUGCAAAGGCAAGGCGGCCGAGGACCGCUACUCCCUGGGCAGCAGCUUGGACAGUGGGAUGCGCACCCCGCUCUGCAGGAUCUGCUUCCAAGGGCCCGAGCAGGGUGAGUUACUGAGUCCAUGUCGGUGCGAUGGGUCAGUGAAAUGCACACACCAACCUUGCCUGAUCAAAUGGAUCAGCGAGAGGGGAUGCUGGAGCUGUGAGCUGUGUUAUUACAAGUAUCACGUCAUUGCCAUAAGCACAAAGAACCCCCUCCAGGUAAAGUGGCAGGCCAUUUCUCUGACCGUCAUUGAGAAGGUGCAGAUAGCAGCAGCUAUUUUGGGUUCCCUUUUCCUUAUUGCGAGUAUCUCGUGGCUCAUCUGGUCAACAUUCAGUCCUUCUGCUAAAUGGCAACGCCAAGACCUGCUCUUCCAGAUCUGCUAUGGAAUGUAUGGCUUCAUGGACAUUGUCUGUAUAGGACUAAUAAUCCACGAAGGACCCUCAGUGUACCGGAUUUUUAAACGGUGGCAAGCAGUCAAUCAACAGUGGAAAGUGCUGAACUAUGACAAAACAAAGGACCUGGAGGAUCAAAAAACAGGGACCAGGACCAACCAACGAACCUCCUCCCAAACCAACCCUUCGUCCUCCACAAGCGGUGCAGCUAGCAACUCUGCCCCAGCUGACGGCGUGGUCCGGGGGGCUGAUCACACCGCAGGCACCUUGUCUGACCACCACUGUGCUUAUACCAUCUUGCAUAUACUCAGCCACCUGAGGCCUCAUGAACAGAGAAACCACUCUAGCACAAACAGAGAGCUUGUCAUGAGAGUCACCACAGUCUGAGCAAAGGAAUUCAGGAGGCCUUAUUGCAACACGGAGUGGGAGAGGAACUCGUAAAGUGGAGGGUUGGCAGCGUGGUAUGCCUUACACCCCCUGCCCUAUAACCCAACCCCACCUGUCCCUGCUCCUCUGCAGCAGCUGCACAAGGGGCCCUUGGCCAGCCAAGGAUGGCAGAGGCAAAGCUGCGCACACUUGCUGAAAAGAGGUUUAAAAUGUUUGUGUGGUUACCAGAAAGUAUGAGAAAACAAGUGCAAUACAGACUACAAGAGCUUGAACUAGGGCAAAAAGGCUUGCAAGGGGGAGGGGGGACAGGGAAGGACCGUUGUUCUUAUUUGAAGCAUUUUACAGACACAUACAUACAUACAAGCCUACACUCAUAUUGAAAAGCAAGAAAGAACCAGUGUUUUUCCCAAACUGUAUUAACCAGGGGUACAAGUAUUUGAAUGCAUAAAUUAUCCUGUGGCCGUUUGCUGUUUUGUGCAGCCAUGGGAUGUUUGAGCUGACAGGCAGUCAGUUUAUUGCAAAUGUUAUUUUAUACAAGUAAUUACUUUCCCCAGAUUAUUUACACAUAGAGCACACAAAAACUGCCCUCCUCAGACAUGACUGUGUUAAAGGUUUCUGGGGUUGUACUAUGGGGAGGAGGAGGGAGCUGCUUUUUGUUUGAGCCGCAACAUUUCUGCCAAUGUCCAAAGCACAAGUCGCGCUGGAGAGUGAUUUAUGCCAUUGAUCACUGGAAGGUACAAUCUCUUGAGUUUUCCUCUGUAAACACUAUUUCCUUUGUAGGUUUUUGGAAAUGUGAUUGCCUCCUAUUGAAUUUUGUGCUGGGCCUUUCCUUUUCAUUCUGGAUGAGUAAUUUGUCACAGACUCAUGCCAGUUUAUUGGUUUUAGCAUUUCUUUGCGUGUUUAGCCACUCCACAGUUCACAGGCCACUGAAUUUUGCUAUAGCUGGCAUGGGUAAAGUUAAGUGCCUGAGAUGUUGUUGAACUGUACCUCUCAUUAUUCUUCACUGUUGGCCAUGUUGGUCAGAGAGCUAUUGGGGGGUGCAAUGCAACACUUUUGCCCACUCCCUUGUCUCCCACAAUGAAUUGUGUAGAUGAGAACAUUGGAAGAGAGUCUCAAGUGUCAUUCACACAGUGGAUUUCAAUUCUAAUCCACGGAGGAGCCAUUUAUGGCCUUCCAGAUGUUGACUGCGAACACUAUCAUGUUUUGCCAUGUGAAGCAUUGCUAGCUUGGGCUGGUGAGCAUUCCAGUCCAGCAACCUCUGGACAGCCAGAAAUGUCUCAUCCUUGCUCUAAUCUAUGCAUAACUUCCAGGUAGUAACACACACUUAAUAUAGUGGGGCUUAUUUCUGAGUAAAUAUGCAUAGGAAUGCACAGUAAAUCUGGCUUACCUAUUGUUUCUUGCCUUGCAAGGGAUUCUAGACAGGUGUUUUGAGCUGAAAGUUGCUAAGCAAAACCUCUCACCAUACUAUCACUGCCAAAAGUUUUUGGAAGAAGCCAUCAUCACGAUACUGAUAUAAAUGGCAUCUGGUUUUAGUGUGUGCCGUUUCUGGAUGUCCCAUAAAUGCAUCUGCUGGUGCUUUCCCUAACCAAACUGCUAUAAAUUCUAUUGAACUGGUAACAUAUGAAAUCUUGUGAACAUGCCAUAUGCAUGUAAUAUAUGAUAUGUUCACCAGAUCAGCAUGUAUUGACGGAAAUUAUGUAGUGGGACUCACUACAUCCUAGACCUAGAUCAAUUUUGUCAAAAGCUGUUUGAACCAUAUUGUGACGAUUGCCCCCCUAGAUAUCAAAACAUAUUGAAUAAACCAUUUUGAAAAUGUGGAA